CCGCCUCUUCACCGAUUGCUACUAGGUCCUCUCUCCCCCUGCUCCAUGAGCUUUAUCAUAUCUCGUCUUAAAACUAUGUAUAGUUCCUGCCUCCACUACAUCGCUUGCCAGACUAUUCCACUUCCUAACUACUCUAUGACUGAAGAAAUACUUCCUAACAUCCCUUUGACUCAUCUGAGCCUUUAGCUUCCAAUUGUGACCCCUUGUUUCUGUGUCCCAUCUCUGGAACAUCCUGUCUCUGUCCACCUUGUCUAUUCCACGCAGUAUUUUGGAUGUCGUUAUCAUGUCUCCCCUGACCCUCCAGUGUUGUCAUACUGAUUUCACUUAACCUUUCUUCAUGGUACAUUCCCCUUAGCUCUGGAACUAGCCUUGUUGCAAACCUUUGCACUUUCUCUAAUUUCUUGACGUGCUUGACCAGGUGUGGGUUCCAAACUGGUGCUGUGUACUCCAGUAUGGGCCUGACGUACACAGUGUAUAAAGUCUUGAACGAUUCCUUACUGAGGUACCGGAACGCUAUUCUCAGGUUUGCCAAGUGAGGCUUGCAACCACUGUCCAUCUUCAAGGGAAAGAUUCAAUACACUCUCUAGUAUGGUCUUAAGGAAAGAGUCAUAUUCCUUGAGUUUUGGACUGCUGAAGGCUGGGGAGCAUCUCACAAAGUCGGGCGUGGGUGGUGGUGAGGGCAGCUUGGACACUCUUCAUCAUCCCUGGCUCAGCAGCACAAGUGGUGGCAUUAACACUCUGGCUAGGAUAAACACGCUGUAUUCUGCUCCAAAUGUGGAAAAGCAGAAGUUGAUGCUGGCAGUGCAUGCAGUUGCUGAAGGUCUCAUGACAGGGAGACAGGCAGCCAAGGCCUUCAGUGUUCCUCGCACCACUCUGCGCCGAUGGAUGGCCCAUGAUCGUCGCCUCUUCCCCUGCCCCCACUGCUCUUACUGUGCCACUGAACGAUCACACCUCAGGAAGCACAUUGCUAGUCGCCAUCGAGAAAUUACAAGCUACAUUCCUCCUGCUCACCACAUCUUUGGGCAGAAUUUGUGUUUAUCUCCAUGCCGGUCUAUUCUUCAAGACCAUCCAAGCCAGCCCAUAGCUGACGACCAGAAUACUUAAUUAAUAAUCAUCCCUCUGCUUCUCAGAACAAUGACAUAAAUGAUAGUAAGGAAGAAAACAGUAGUUCAUUUACCUGUAAAGAUGAUGAGACAUUCAUUUGAGAUCCAAGAGGGCCAUCCAUCAUGAUUAACACUUCACUAAACAUGAAAAUCAUCUUUGAUUACAAAUGUUUAAAUUUUUAAAUAAUGGAAGGUAUACUAUUGAUCAUACAUUUCGUAAUGGUUUCUGGGGUACUUUUUAUUGUGGAGAAAUAUGUGUAUGCUAACCACAUGUUUUUGUAAAUUAAUUUACAGUAUGGUACAGUACCAAAUACCUCGCAUAUAAUUAACUGUUGUAGAACUAAACUAUUGAUUGAUAAAGUAUCUUUCAUUGGGUCAGUGGGAUAACUAGAGAUAUUUUUUUGACAGUGAUAUUGUGCUUUCAUAAUGCUUCAAUAUUAAUACAGCAGGGCCCCGCUUUACGGCGUUUCACUUUACGGCGUUCCGCUAAUACGGUCAUUUCAAAUUAUGACCAAAACUCGCUAUACGGCUCCCCCCACCUGACUUUCUAAUACGGUCACCGCGCCCCACCUUGUUUACAUUCUUCGUGAGCUCAGUAAGCACUAAGUCUCUCCAUUUUGUCUGGAAACUCCAAAAUUUCAAAUGUUUUUAAAAGUUAUUUCAUAUUUUAUAUAUACUCUGAUAAUUAUACUUACGUAUACCUGUACUUAAAUAAACUUACAUACUGUGCUGGCAUGCAGGUACACAUUAAAAUCAGUAAGAGUGUCUUAUGUCUCCAGACGUCAUAUUAGUAAUGAUAAUAAUAAUCAUCGAGUCUCAUUUAAAUGUCGUAUAUUACGUUAAAUACACAUUUUCAUUAAUCCAUCUAUGAUAUUUUUUCAAAAUUAUAUAAUAAACACGAUACAUAACAUAAAAAGAUGAUAAAUACACCCCACAAUAGAAUAAAUAAACAUAAAUAUGAGAUGUGGUAGCAGACGACUUGCACAAGUGACGCCAUAUUAGAAAUGCUAAUAAUAAUAAUAAUAAUAAUCACCGAGUCUCAUUAAAUGUUGUAUAUUACGUUAAUAUACACAUUUUCAUUAAUCCAUCCAUGAUAUUUUUUUCAAAAUUAUAUAAUAAACAUGAUACAUAACAUAAAAAGAUGAUAAAUACACCCUACAAUAGAAUAAAUAAGCAUAAAUAUGAGAUGUGGUAGCCAGAUAACUUGUACAAGUGAUGCCAAGAAUAACAUUUUCUCUAAUCUAACAUAAAAGAAAAUGUGUUACUGGGGGUAACUGUAGAAAAUUAUUCCUUUCGUAUGUAUGUAAGUAAGUUUAUUCAGGUAUACACAAAUACAGUUACAUAGAUUAUCAUACAUAACAACAUGUGUAGAGAACCUAGGAUAACCCAAAAAAGUCAGAGUGACUUAUUUCCAUUGCCUUCACUCAGAGCAUCAUUUCUUCUCAAAAUGAUGUUACAUGAGAA